CUUUUACCGAAGCGCCAUGGCUCCGGCUAAGAAAGGCAGCCGUCGGACGGCCAAGAACAGCUCGUUGCGGAGCCGAAAGCUCUCCUCCUUUCUCAAAGACUUCGACCGUGAAGUGCACAUCCGAUCCCAGCAAAUUCAGUCAGACAGACAGAACCUCCUCAAAGAGGUGGAUAACCUAUACAACAUGGAGAUCUUGCGGCUCCCCAAGGCGCUGCGCGAGAUGAUGUGUCUUGACUACUUCGCCUUGGGAGGAAACAAGCAGGCCCUGGAAGAGGCAGCAAAAGCUGACCUUGAUAUCACAGAAAUAAACAAAUUAACAGCAGAAACUAUUCAGACACCCUUGAAAUCUGCCAGAGCACGUAAAGCAGUAACCCUGGAUGAAAUGAUAGUGGAGGAAGAGGAGGAGGAAGAAAAUGAAACGAAGAAUUCUCAAACUACAAGAGUUAAAAGAUGUCCUCCAUCUAAGAAGAGAACUCAGUCCAUUCAAGGAAAAGGCAAAAGCAAAAGGUCAAGCCGUGGUAACACUGUCACCCCAGCUGUGAGCCGAUUGGAGCUGUCUAUGAUUAAACCAACUCCAGGCGUAACACCCAGGUUUGAUUCAAGGGUCUUCAAGACUCCAGGGCUGCGCACCCCAGCAGCCAGAGAGCGGAUUUACAACAUCUCUGUGAACGGCAGCCCCCUCGCCGACAACAAAGAGAUCUUCCUCACUGUGCCGGUGGGAGGCGGAGAGAGCAUGCGGCUACCGGCCAGUGACCUGCGGAGGAUGGAUUUCACACAGCUGGACCCAGAGGCCUUGGGAAAUGUUAAGAAACUCUCCAGUCGCCUUGCUGAGAUCUGCAAGAGCCUACAGUCACACAAAUGA